GUAAGAUCAUCCGAGAAUGUACCAUGAGGGCCUUCCGAGGGACAAGACUGCGCAAAUCAAUAGUUGUCGCGUCACCCUCUGGUCAAUCCCUCUGUGGCAGUUUGAUGAAACGCUGGUUCCGUGCUGACCAACGAACGAAGUCAGGUAUAAAAGAUGCAAAGGAAGACCGUGACGCAUUGAGGCGAUUCACCUCAGGCCGCUGGCUAUGGCGCGAGCAGGAGCAACUGGCGUGUCGGUACGUUCGGUUCGAGCUUCGCGCGCUGUUAGACAUUGCCGCCUCUUUUCUUGGAGCACAAUUCUGCACUCGUGUCCUGAAGCUCGCCGAGGGGCAGUAUAACAAGGUGUUCUUGCUAACUAUGAACGAUGGGCGCGAGUGUAUCGCCAAAUUACCCAACCCCAACGCAGGUCGACCUCAUUUCACGACGGCGAGCGAGGUUGCAACGAUGGACUUUCUACGAAAUGUUUUGGAAUUGCCUGUUCCGCAGGUCUAUGCAUGGAGCUCCAGGGCAGCUGAGAAUCCCGUAGGCGCUGAGUUUAUCUUGAUGGAGAAACAGCCUGGUGUGAUGCUCAGCGAUGUGUGGGAUUCGUUGAAAGGGAAAUCGAGAGCUCAGCUUGUGCUGCAGGUCGUCGACCUAGAAAAGACCCUUGCUGCGACUAAGUUCACCGGCUAUGGAGCCUUGUACUACAAGAAAGACUCUCCUCCCUCAAGGGCAGCCACAGCACCUUUGUAUGUAGACAGCAAUCGCAAGACGCUGCCCAGCGAUAAAUUCGUGAUCGGGCCAACGAACCACCGUGCAUUCUUCGACUUUGGCCGGGGGUCAUUGGACAUUGAUCGCGGGCCGUGGACCUCCGCCACCGAAUUGGUGACAGCAGUGGCCAACCGGGAGAUCGCGACCACGAGGAAGGGCCUGAAAUACCCACUAAUGCCCGAAGGGCUUUUCCGUGGCCCGCGUCAAUACCAGCCUAACACCGCCAAGAAGCUCGCCACGCUGAACAACUACCUGAGGGUGGCCGCUUCCACCCUCCCAGAGAACCCCACCAGCCACGCAUCAGUCCUCUGGCACGGGGAUCUGAACCUGCAGAACAUCUUCGUCGAUCCAGCCGAGCCAACUCGAAUCACAGGGAUCAUCGACUGGCAAUCCACGAGUCUUAGCCCGCUCUUCACGCAGGUCACCCGUCCCGCCUUCCUGGAAUACAACGGCCCUCUCCCCGAGAGCUUAGAUAAAGUCCCUCUUCCCGUCAACUUCGACUCGCUAAGCCCAGCGGACCAGCGCGACGCAAAGGCCCUGCACCAGGCGCAGACGCUGCAUAACCUCUACCUCGCGCGAUCGCUGCAGGUCAACCCUGCCGUCUUCGACGCGAUCCAGGGCCACCGCACCCUCAGACAUCAGGUCAGCGUUCUCCCGGGGUUGACAAUCAUGGAUUACGAGCCGUGUCUCGCUGAUUUUCUGAGGGAUGUGCAGAAGCAGUGGCCGGAUAUUGUUGGGCGCGGGCCGGAUGGUGCCUUGCUAGUGUCUUGUCCGUUGCAGUUCUCCGUCGAUGAGGUGCGGGCCCUCGAACGGGACGCGGAGCUGUGGGCUCGCGGUGUCGCGCUCAUGGAGGAGUUUAUUAGUGAUACGGGCUGUUUCAAGCAUUGGGAUGGGAGAGUGAGCGUGCAGGAUUACGAGCUCUCGAGGAAACAGCUGGAUGACGGGGUGGAGAGGUUUCUGCGGCGGGAGGCGAGGAGCGAUGAGAAGCGCAGAGAGUGGCUUGAGGUUUUGCCGUUUGUGGAUUGAUACGGGGUUGCCGUUGACCAUGCGUAGUGGUAGUAGACUGUGAGUUGAUAUCGCUAGAGAAGUUAAAGCAGCAGACGGUUGCAUGGGAAGGAGAUUGGGAAAGAUUUCCGAUCGUUCAGCCCUACGCUCGCUCCACACCCCCUUCAGGACGGACAAGCUCCUCCCGAGCCGAGAUUAGGUUCAACAUUAGAUACAAGGCGAGACAGUCUUGACAUACAGCCAGUGUCGAG